CCCUGAGGCUCAGGUCGGGAUGUACACACUGAGGGCUUUAAUUGAUGACCGGAAGAUCUCACAGGAUUUUGAAGUGAAAAAGUAUGUUUUACCCAAGUAUGAUGUCAUCUUGACUGCACCAGAGAUGUAUAGUGUGGCAGAUGUGGGACUGAAAGUUGAGGCUUGUGCCAAAUACACAUAUGGGCAACCUGUACCUGGUCAAGCGUUGGCGGAAGUGUGCCGUGAGCUGUUCCCGUACAUCGUGGUACCUGGCCUGUCUCGUGUGUGUCUUAUCAAAACUGUAAUG